UCACAAAUCCAACGCGCUAAAACGACGUUGGAGCAUGUUUUCUGGGUUUUGGUUUGUGUGGCCAUCGGCCUACCCCCAAUCCCACCACCAUCAUCACUUCCGUUUGCUCUCUCUGUCUCUGUCUCUCUCUCACUCUCCUUAAAACGACAACAUGACAACCAGCAAGACACCCAAUACGACAUCAUCACAGCCAAUCCAACAACAAGAGUGUUGCAUGUGUGGUGAUUACGGUUUCUCUUAUGAGCUUUUUCAGUGCAAAGUUUGUCAAUUCAGAUCUCAGCACAGGUACUGCAGUAAUUUGUACCCAAACAUGCCUGACUCUUGCCGAACCUGCAAUUGGUGCCUCAUGACUCAAAACGAAGACAAAACCCAACACUCAUCCAACUCCAAUUCAUCUUCCUCCUGUAAAAACGAAGACAAAACGGCAUCGUCUAAGACCAAGAUGAACAACAACAGCAACAACGAUCAUCAUCUUCAUCAUCAUCAGGUGGGUCCCCUCAUUUUAAGGCGCCAGGGAAUUCGCCCAAUGAACCUCCAACAACUCAGCGGACCCAUCAAGAAACAAAAAUCGGUCGAGAUCGUGGUGCCUCCACCACCGUCUCCAUCGCCUUCGCCAGCGGCGAAAUCUCCGUCGAUCCGGAAAAGGGUCUUGACGAAUGGGGCAAAGGAGGAGAGGCUGAGACGAACCAGGUCUGCGGAGAUUUCAAACGCUCCAACUGGAAAUGGAAAUGGGUUCACUUCCAAACAGGUCUUUAGGAGUAAGGUCAGGAGGUACAAGCUUUUGGAUGAGGUUUCUAGCUAAACCCAUCAUCAUCUGCGAACCCUAAAAUAAAAAAAGAAAAAAAUGUGCAAAAAGAAUAUAGCCUUUUAGUUUCGUACAUUUUUGUAUAUAGUUAUGGAAUGGCUUUGUUCCGAUGUGGGGCUGUUUUUGGUCCCAUUUUCCUUCUAUAGCUCCAUCGAACAUAGUGAUUCAUGGAGUUUUGUUCAAUGUACAGGAAAAUAUAAUUUACUAGUUAAAUUACAUAGCAGAAAA